AUGGAGGCAAUUAUGGACUUGUUUGUUGAUGAAGAGAGAGCCAGGUCUGUAGAAGUUUGAGAUUUCAGACUUUUCUGUGCGUUUUCGGAACAGCUGAGCAAAUAUUUACUGUUUAUUGAUGCGAAAAUUGUUUCAGAGACUUCUAAUUAUACUUUGAACUUCAAAAAAGCAUGAGAAAAAGUUCUAAAAGCUAAUGUUUGAGACUUUCCGGCAGUGGGAUUCAAACCCGCAACCGUUUGAUUUUCAGUCCGAGGAUUACCCAGUUGCGCCAAAAUGGAACAUUUCCUAAAGUUUACUGUAGUGAUUUUCGUUUGUAAAAGAAGUAUUUAGUGAGUAAUUAUUGCUAUUUUACGACCAUAUUUGACCCAAAAAUUGAAUUAAUAAGUUCUCAGACCUUAAAAAUCUUCAAAUCAAAUUUCCUCCAUAUUUUAGGAUCCAAGCAGAUCCGAUGAGCGCACUCCACGUCCAAUACACCCCCUCAGUUGUGCUUCCCUUCGAGCAUGGCCUUCCACACGAGAAAAUCGUCAAAUUCUUCAUGGAUUACUGGCAUUACACCGUCCAUCUCUCGCUUCUCUACAUUGCCAUUGUUUUGGGACUGCAGCAGUACAUGUUGACUAGGAAACCGCUGAGGCUAAGAUGGACGUUGGUGGCGUGGAACGGAGGAUUGGCUGUUUUUAGCAUAAUGGGGUAGGUUUUUGGGGCGAAAUAAAUUUUUUGGGUUAACCACGGAAUCCUGAAUUUUUGGCAUUCUGCAACAAGCUAUGAAAAACACUCAAUUUUGUCUGAAAUUGAGUUUUGUAGCCAUUUUCUUCCAAAAAUUCACAUUUUCCAAAAAGAAUUUUAGUUUCACCACGAAAUCUUCAAGUUUUGGCAUUCUGCAACAAGCUUUUAAAACCUUUUAUUUGACUUUGUUCUACAAUCACAGACCAAAAUAUGAAGCUAAACCGGGUAUUUUCGCAUUUUUGUAACUUAUUGCACAAUGCCAAAAGAUCAGGCUUUCGUGGUGAAACCAAUUUUUUUUGGGGGGAAAUGUGAAUUUUUUGAGAAAAUGCCAUAAAGCUCAAUUUCAGACAAAAUUGAGCGCUAUUCACAGCUUGUUGCAGAAUGCCAAAAAAUCAAACUUUCGUGGUGAGACCCAGAAAAUAACACAAAAAGAAAAAAAUCGAAUAUUUUUAAUAAUGUUGUUUUCAGGACAAUCCGCACGCUGGAAGAGCUCGUCUUCACCCUGUCCAAUCACGGAAUCCACAAGUCCCUGUGUUUUGGGUACGAGCCCAGCUCGGUGGCGGCCCAUUGGUACCUCUUCUUCGCCAUCUCCAAGAUUGUCGAGCUCGGCGACACCGUCUUCUUGGCCCUAAAGAAGCGACCGUUGACCUUUUUGCACUGCUAUCAUCAUUGCACGGUACUCGUGUACACGUUUCAUUCCGGCUCCGAGGUCCUGGGCAUGGGCCGAUGGUUCAUGGGGAUGAAUUUUAUCGCACACAGGUAGGUGAAGGCGGGAAUUUUGGGGAAUUUGGUAUUUUUGUAGAGUGUAGGAUGGGUUGUUGUAAAAUACGUCAACUUCCGCUUGGCUAGAGUAUCUUGUAAGAGUUAUGCGCAAGUUUUUCCGAAAAAUCAUCAUUUUUUGCAGAUUUUUGGGAUUUUUUGCAAAAUUUUUGCAGAAUUUUAUGAUGUAUAAGUAAAAUACGGCAGCGCAUACUUUAUUGGAGCCCUAUAAAUUCCAAAACCAUAAGAAGAUUCAAUUUUUUUAACAGAAAGUCCGACAUUUUUCAACCUACAUCAAUAUGAUGAUGUAGCUUGGAAAAUUGAUCACAACUUCGAAACUAAAAGUUAGAUCAGAGUCGUCUGGUCUCAGAGUAUUCCUUUUUGCAUAUGUUAUCGCGUACUGACACCUAUUCCUUUUAAAAAUCUCAAUAACGCCUUCAUUUUUCGACCAACCUUUAGUGUCAUCAAUAUAUUGGACUAUGUUAGAGAAUUGAUCAUAACUUCUGAACUAAUUGAUAAACAAUCAUCCGCAUAGUCUUAAAAUAUUCCCUGUUGCAUUCUUUAUCGCAAACCAACAAAGUAUCCUUUUACAACUCUCAAUAACACUUUCAUUUUUUGACCAACAUUUAGUGUCAUCAAUAUAUUGGACUAGGUUAGAGAAUUGAUCAUAACUUCUGAACAAAUAGUCGAACAACUACAUGCAUGGUGUCAAGAAACUCCUAACAGCAUAUUUUUUCAAUUGCUGGAAUCAAAAUUCACAUCCAUUCCCAGUAACCCCCUCAUUUUUCAGUUUUAUGUACACCUACUAUGCUUUGAUGAGUGCGGGCUUCAAAGUCCCGAAAGGUGUGGCCAAGUUCGUGACCUCGAUUCAGCUGAUCCAAAUGUUCGUUGGACUACUUGUUUCGUUUUCUGCCACCAUCGCCAAACACCUGCUACAUCUGCCGUGCCAACAGUCGCUACAGAACUUGUACUUGGCGUAUGGGAUUUACGCGUCGUACGCGGUCCUGUUCCUGCAGUUCUUCCUGGCCAAAUAUUCGAGCAAAUCGAAGACGGAGUAA